AAUCGCUCGCUUUUGAUGUUUCGUUUCUACAAGUUGUACUCGUUGUACAUGAACAACAUGUCCAGCGGGCUCACCUGGCCGCGGGAGUGGUGCCUGUGCGAAAAGCUGCCGCGGGCGGUGCUCCAUAUCCCGGUGGAUCGUCAUCUGCUCUGCGAGGUGUGCGGAUUGGCCAGACGACCGCAGGGCGAACUCGGUUCCUCCAGCGACGAGGAUGCUGAUCGAGGCCACAAAAACCAGAGGAAUCUCCCGCAGCAACGUCACGCCACAGAGGAGCCCAAAAAAGGACAGAUGACUCGGGUGAAGGUGGCCAUCCGGGCAAAGAAACCUAGGGAUCACCGGAACUGCCGAUGCGGCAAAUGUGGUGGCCUGGCCAGGGCAGAAGCUGGACAGGAAGGUACCUACGGACCCGGUGAAGAGGUGAAAAGCAAGUUGUACUCGGGACGGCACGGCCUGUAUACCAGGCCAAAGGGCAUGCUCCGUCGUCAGCAAGAGCCCACAGCUCCACCUCCUUCCUCGCCAUCUCCACCUUCAUCACCACUGCCACCACCUCCUCCUCCGCCGCCAUCAUCGGGGUCAUGGCGGUCGGAGAUGCCCAGCCUGGUGGCCAGGGCCGAGAACGUCUUCAGCCAGAGUAACCACCUAAACCAGAGCUACAGCCAUUUAUUUGUCAACAAUUUUAUUCCCUUGCCGUGUCCCAUUACGGAAACCCUUGGAGGAGCCAUUUCCAAGAGGAGUCCUAACAGCUCUCUGCCGCCGCGCAGCCACAGGAGUCGCCCACUGCCACCUCUCUCCAAAGUGGUGGCCAACAGCCUGGCCAGGUCCAAGUCACUGGAUGACAGGGAGAAGGGCGGUGGGCUCAGUCCUCACAAGUCCAAGGUUUCGCUGGAUGCCGUCAGUCAGUUCUGCCCCUUCGAGCACUACGAAGGUCCUUCGGAGGACGCUCUCGUCGUGAACAGUGCUCGCUGCCUCCUCCAUCGACCCAAAUCCCUGUACAUUGAACCUCGAAAGGAUUUGCCCAACAAUCGCAUCGAGAACUUGGAUUUAUCAUCAGAUCUGUCAAACGAAAAUCUAUCUGGAAUGUUCUACAUGACGAAUUCAGUACGCAAAAAUUUAAUCAAUACCAUUAACCAAAUCGGAUUCGAUUGCAGUAGUUCCAGUAAAAAUAGUUCUCUAGGCAAUACAAUUUCCAAAUUGAAUGAUCUAGCCUCUGAGAGAUCCUCCAUCAUCGCCUCCAUCAUGGAUCAACUUUUCAACUCAAAAGCGAAGAUGCCUGAGGCUGACAAAAUCGAGAAGACUCCGAAGUUGGAAGAACUUAAUCAGACAAUAAGUAACCCUUCCACCGAGGAUCCUGAAACUGGUUCUUUGAUAAGUGACGUUUCGACUGAACAGACAGUAUUUUCUUUUAAUAAAACAAAGCCCUGUGAAGAUUAUUCCACACUCUUUUCAAAAGCUCUUAGCAAUUCUAGCUGGGAAAGGGAAUUCUGUAGAAUAGACGAAUCUUCGCCAGAAACAACUGAAAGAAAGGUAUAUGCAAGCAGCGCUGAAUCCAAAUCCACAUGUUUAAAGUGUGGAAAUGUUAGAUAUCAGGCAGAAAACGAUCCAAAAACAAAAACCGGUUUUAGUAGAAUUCCAAGAAAGCUUGAUAAAUCCAGAAAACUAGAUGGAAUCCCAAUCAAUAUGAAUAAAAAUACGGGAAAUUGUAUAAAGCAAAAUCAUAAAAGCGUUAGAGCUUGUUCUGAAAAACAACAAUUGCUAAAACUGAAUCAUGAAAAGGAAGAGUCCAUGAAGAUAGAAGAUAGUGUGAAUGAAAGUACCAUAAAAAUCAUACCUCAUGAAGAAAUUCCAAAAGGUAUCAAUAUAAAAAGUCAAAUAAUUUGUCAGACAUCACAAACUCCUUGCAAAAUACAUCAAACUAAAAUGCAAAAUAGUUCAGUUCCACCCGUAGUAACUGUUCAACCACGAAAUACCUGUGCCAAAAAACUAGAGGAAUACUUUAAAAAGAAUGUGAGAAGCACACCCAAAGAUGCGAACUCGAUUAGGACGAGGAUUCCUGUAAAUAACUUCAGAAUAUGUAGACACAAAGAGCCUUCCUUUAACUGGGGUGUGGUGGAAACAUUCGAGAUAAUAUCCCACAUGUGCCGAGAGAUUCCCAAGAUCCAGGUGGCUACCUUUGUAAGAGAGCUGGUGAACACCAGCAAAGGUAUUUUGGCCUAUAUCAAGGAAAGUGUGGUCACGGAUCAACCACCGUUGUCCCUCUAUGAAUUUCGCGUACCUGAUAUUAAUCUUAAGGACCUACAAUCUUACCGAGAUCAUGAAGAUAAUGUGAGUGAUGAAAGCGGAAGCGAAACUCCAAUAGCCCAUGUAGCAACUCCCAAACUGCCAGGUCUGUCCUUAAGGCACCGUAAAAAACACAGGAAACCCGCCUGGCCAGCCCAUCCAAUAAAAUACGAAAGUCGCAAGUUCCAGUACGAAGAAGUAAACCUAUCACUAAGCACGCAUCAAAAUGGAACCCCUUUGGAACCUAAUGGGAACUUGCUGCAUCAUAAAAAGAAGUUGAUUAAAGAGGAGAAAAUAUUUACCACUAUUUAUGAUGCUCAGAACUUCUCACAGUCUCAUUUUUUCUUCGAUACAAGUCCAGAAAAAGACAGCAAGUCGAAACCAAUUCAAUUAAUUAAAGCUGAUCUAAGUCAUAGCAAAUCUUCUCAGUCUGAUUUUUCUGGAGCUCAAUCGGAUUCAGAAAGUUCAAGGCCAGAAAGAACUCUAAGGAUAGAAUCUAAAGUGGAAAUUAAUGGAAAGGAUACAGCCGCUGAGUCAUUUAAAAACAAUACUUUGGAUAAAAAAUAUAUUCCAAAAAAUGGUACAGAAAUAUCUCAAGAUCCUUUACAUCUGGCACCGCAAAACUGUUCUUCGAAAGUGAGUUAUGACAUAAGGAGGAAAAUAGACAAAUCGAUGCAACUGAAGCUCAAAAAAAUGAUGAGCAAACCAAUUAAGCUGCUAAAUUCAAAUGAAGCUGAAUCUGUUGUUAAAUUUUUGGAACCGUUUACAAAUAAAUUGGCUAGUUCCGAAGAAGAAGUAGACCACAGCGUCUUAAAUAAUAAUACGAUACCUGUCGCAAAAGCUCUAACAGAUAAUACUUUGAAUUGCAUAUCCAGUAAAUCCAAAUUCAAUUCCAGUAUCCCAAAGCAAAGAGUGGAAGUUGGAAAUGAAGAAGAAAAGGAUACAUGUUCUUCAAAUCCUUCUUAUGAAAAGAGCGAUCUUUCCCAAAAGCCUCUUCGCCUUAUAACGAAUAUGUCCUCGUCAAGUGAGUAUGAGUCAAAAUGCCUUUCCCUGGAACCGAGGGUAGAAAUAGAAUCUGACUCUGGUGCAGCUUCGGAACCCAUUAUGACCCAUAGGACUACAGAAUAUGAAGGAUUGCCCGAUCUGAACUGGCAAGUUAUAACCAUGGGAGCUCCAAAACCAAGAGAACCUGUGGAGGAUGCAUCAGAAUCAAUCGGGGAAUAUGCGUGUCCUAUCUACAAGUGUGGAAAUCUGUUAAAUUUGAAGACAUUUGCUUCCCAUUUUGAGCAAUUUCAUCGACAUAAGGCGGCAAGAACAGGAUUAUCACUAGAAUAUUACCAUAGAGUAGUGGAGGGAUUACCAAAACAGUUCUUCUUUGAGGCCGAAUUUAUCACCAAAGGAAAUUCUUUUGUGUCCCUUCUUUUAUACAGCAGUUUAAAAAAUGAGAGAUCAAAUCCAAUUCAAGACUACCCACUGGUCUUAUUAGCAGCUCCUCAAAGGAUAAAUAACAAAACACCAACAGGCGUUUUCUUCUGGCUAAUGGGCUGUCCCUCAAACGCGAAACUUCAAGCCAAGCUCACAGUCUGCGACCCAUUGGAGCACGUUGGUCGGAGUAGGAUUAUAAGGCCACUAGAUAUAUCGCAGAGCCAGGACCCAUCAGGGUUCCUUUCCAACUCUAAAUAUCACCUCCUAAUUAAAGUGCCGCACAAGAAGCAGAGAAGGUUUCAAAUCAGUGUAGUAAUAGAUGAAAGGCAUCAUUAAUUGUACAUGAUAGGUAUUAAAACCUAACAAAUUUGUUGUAUACUACAUAA